GCCGUCUCCCGCUUAAUAAAUAGCACAGCAGCUCUCCUCUUCUCUAUGCUCUUUGGAUAGUUCCUCUCGAUGACUUCACCUUCCUCCUACUCCUUCACAUGGCAUCAGGCAAGCUCCACUCCGUUCUCAUCACCCACAUCCUUCACGGCCAUGCUACCACAUGCAGCAUCCACUCCGCCACCGCCCUCAGCACCGCCUACCGACAAAGCGGCUACUUUCACGACGCCUUCAAGGUGUUCGACCGUGUUCACCACCCAACCUUACAGUCUUUUAAAGCCCUCAUCCCCGGCCUUUCACGUCGCCAAUACUUCCACCACCUCCUUCCUGUAUUCACCGGCCUCCUCGACAACGCCAAUCUACAUCCCAGUUCUGUCAAUCUCGCUAGCUUACUCCGUGCUUGCGCGACUCCAAAGCAGGCCAAGCAGUUGCACGGCCUCUCGUUGAAGAUGGGGCAUGACUCCGAUGCGUACAUCGUGACGUCACUCAUCACCAAGUACUCAAAUUGCUCCGAGUUGAGUUCCGCUCGGAGGGUGUUCGAGCUAAUGCGUCAAAAGAAAGUGGCUACUUUUAACGCCAUGCUAUCUGCAUUGGUCAGAAAUGCAGAGUUCUUAUCAGCUCUGAAGUUAUUCAGAGACAUGGUUGUUGUGCUGCGACCCAGCUCCGUCACCGUCGCAAGUUUACUCCCAGCCUGCACGACUUUGAUGCUGGGUAAGCAGCUGCAUGUCUUCUCGUUGAAGGUGGGGCAUGAUUCAGAUGCAUAUGUAGCAACUGCCCUCCUCACCAUGUACUCGAAUUGCUCCGAGCUAAGUUUCGCUAGAAGGAUCUUCCAGUUGAUGCUGGACAAGAAAGUGGCUACCUUUAACGCAAUGUUGUCUGCAUUGGUCAGAAAUGCAGAGUUUCUAUCAGCUUUGAAUCUAUUCAGAGAGAUGCUGGUGGUGCUGCAGUCCAACUCAUCGACAUUGCUCACUGUUCUAUCCGCAUGCUCGGAGCUCUCCUCUUUGCGAUUCGGAAAGCAGAUACAUUGUUAUGUGUUCAGAAAUGGGUUGAGCUACCAUGAUGUCAAGAUUGGAACAGCACUUGUGCGCAUGUAUUGCAAAUGUAGUCUGGUCGAACAAGCUCAUAGAGUUUUUCAGCAAAUGGAGGACCGGAACUUGGUGACUUGGAACACUAUGAUUUCAGGAUUCUUAUGCCAUGGAGAUGUUCAUAGUGCUCUGAGUUUGUUUCAUCAGUUGAGAGUGGAACGUAUAUCCCCUGAUGCAGUCACUUGGAACAUAUUAAUCAGUGGCCUUUUGAGACACGGAAAUGUUACCGAAGCUUAUAGGUUGUUGGUCCUAGUGCGAUUGGACCAAGUCACUCCAUCACUGAGUUUAGAAUGCAUGACUAGUCUACUUCAAGUUUCUUCGUCGACCUCAAAUCUCCUUUUUGGGAAAGAGAUUCACUGCCAUGCGUUGAGGAUUGGAGUGGGGCGCAAAGAUGACAUUUUCCAAACAGCCUUAAUCGAUAUGUACAUGAAGUGUGGAUACUCUCUUCAUGCUUGUAGGGUUUUUAAUCACGUGGAAAGUAAGUCAAUGGAUCCAGUGAUGUGGAACGCCAUGAUAUCUGGUUAUGGAAGAAAUGGGGAGCAUAAUGCUGCACUUGAAUUGUUCAGAGAAAUGCUAGAACAUGAAGUAAAGCCUAGUGCGGCUAGUUUUUUGGCUUCUUUAUCGGCAUGUAGUCAUAGUGGUCAAGUCGAAAAGGGCAUGAAAAUUUUUAAAUUCAUGACAGUAGUAUGUGGGAUAAAGCCAUCAAAAGAGCACCUUGGCUGUUUGAUUGAUUUGUUAGGACGAGCAGGAAAGCUUAGUGAAGCUGAAAAAUUUAUAUGUGAAAUCCCUGAGCCUUCAAGUUCCAUGUAUUCUUCUUUGUUAGGUGCUAGCAGGCAUUAUGCGGAGGCUGAACUUGGAAAAGCAAUGAGCAAGAAAUUUUACAAGUUGGAGCCAAGAAAUUCGACUUCGUUGGUGAUUUUAUCGAAUAUAUAUGCAAAGCAAGGAAAAUGGGAGGAGGUAGAAAAAGUGAGAGAAAAGAUGAUGAGCAAAGAGAUAUACAAAAUGCCUGGUCACGCUUGGGUUGUACCGUAAUACUUACAGAAAACAUGUCAGCUAGUUGCCUGUAUUACUUAAAGUCUGAACCAAUGCCAACCAGUCGAGAGCUCUCAACCGAUAUUGCUACCUGUUUGCAGUUGCUGCUACAAAAAAUUAAAUGACAUAAAGGUGAAUUUAGCAUUGGUUUGGGCAGAAUCUCAAGAGUUAAUUAUUAUUGGAUGCUUCUGUAGUAAAGUCUGAUGCUCUCUUCUUUUACGAAGGUCUUUAGACGAAAGAUAAUUAGUCAAAAUCAAGGUGCAUGCUUGUUACUGAUUAUAAUGAUUUCGGAAUCAGAACAGGAUGAAUUUGCAUAGAAAAAUAGUUUUU